UAUAUCUAUGUUUCUUAUUUUAAUAAAAUGGAUUAAUUAGGUAGUUACAAUCAUUCAUACUUUAUUGAAACAAUAAUUUCCAAACUGGUAGUAAAUUAAAGUAUGGUAUCAAUUUUUAAACGUCAUGAUAUCGGUGUCGGCCAUUUUGUUUUAUAUUUUUUGUCGAUUGAACGAGGUCUGUCAGUCAGUCAUUCAUUAAAUAAACGCCGAGUGUCGUGGUAGUAAUUUACGCCGUUAAACAAUAUUCGUGUAAUCAUUAUACCAAGGCGUAUCUUUUGUUUGUAAAAUUAUGAUAUGACAAACAGUUGUGUCUGCUAAAUCAAUUGGUGAAAUUGAGUGGGCAAAAAUGGCUGGCGCUGAAGGGAUUUUACGUCGAUUUCUACUCGUCUUCUUGGAUUGUCUGCUACUAUUACAGCUAACGCAAUACGUACCCACAGCAUCUGCAGAGGCCCACUGUAUCUGGUAUGGCGUCUGUUCAAGCGACCCCCUCAGACCGACAAACUGCGCUUACAAUGGAACAGCAAAACCCAUCCCUAGUACAGCUAUGACGAUCAUGAAGAAGUACUGUCCGUCUAUCGCAGCCGGCGGCCUCUCCUGCUGCAGCGACGAGCAGCUGGACAAUUUAGCUUCAAAGAUCAUGCCAGCUGAGAAUCUCCUGCAAAGAUGUCCGUCUUGUUUCGAGAACUUUGUCCAACAUAUAUGUGGGAUGACUUGUUCGCCGAAUCAGAGCGACUUUUUGUAUCCCGCAGAAGUUGUUCCUUUCAAUUCGACCCACCAGAAGAUCACCACAAUCACCUACGAUCUCAGUGCUAGAUAUAUGAACACCACGUUUGAAUCCUGCUUACAGGUGCAAGCGCCAUCAACUAAUCAACUGGCUCUAGACCUUAUGUGCGGGGAGUACGGUGCAGAAUACUGUACGCCGGACCGGUGGUUCAAGUUCAUGGGAGACGUUACGAACUUCGCGCCCUUCCAGAUUAACUACGUGUCUGAUCCAGUACCUGAACAUGGUCUGACGCCCUACGAUCCAGUCACUAGACCCUGUAACGAAGGAUCACCCGGUCAGCCGGGUUGUUCGUGCCUGGACUGCAGUGCCUCAUGUCCCGCCCCACCACCGCCCCCACCCCCAAUGGUUCCCUUCACCAUCUUGGGAGCUGACGGGUACGCCGUCAUCAUGGCUAUCGUCUUCGUCAUCUUCACGACACUGUUCCUCUCAGGAGUGUUCUGCUGCACCCCCCAAGAGAACGCCGUCGACGGUUGGGCGCGCAGCGGCGAGGCGCGGCGACGCGGCGGCCCCGAGACCAGUCCGCUGCACUCGCACCGCUCCAGCGUGGCUUCAGAGAACAAUCAGGAGAUGGCAACGACUCCUAGGACACUUGGUUGGUCUGCAGACCAGCCUGACGGUGUGGCUGGCGAGGCGUCGUUCUUUGAGAAGCUUGGAGCGGAGACUGAGACUAAGAUGGAGGACUUCUUCCAGUGGUGGGGAUACCACAUGGCGUCUCGACCUUGGCUCGUUCUGUUUGUAGGUCUAUGUGUAGUGGUGGGUCUUGGCCAUGGCAUUAGCUACAUGAGGGUGACAACCAACCCAGUAGAGCUCUGGGCGGCGCCCAAUUCACGUUCCCGUAUGGAGCGCGAAUAUUUCGACUCGCACUUUGAACCAUUCUACAGAAAUGAAAUGUUGAUCAUCACCUCCAAAGGCCUGCCUAAGAUUGAGCACAGCACACCGAACGGUGACAUCAGCUUUGGACCUGUCUUCAACUCAACUUUCCUCAAAGAUGUGCUGAAUUUACAGAACAAAAUCAUGGCUCUGGGCAACGAGACAGGUAUCCAGGACAUUUGCUUCGCUCCCCUGACGUCAUCGUUCAGUGGUCCCAUCAAACCGUACGACUGUGUGGUGCAGUCUAUAUGGGGCUGGUGGCAGAAUGAUAUCAGUAACUUUGAAUUGGAAGAAGAGGAUGGAGAAUAUCUUAACACCAUUCUAAAGUGCUCUAGCAACCCGUACCUACCGGUAUGCUUGGGCUCGUACCGCGGUCCAGUACUCCCCGCAGUGGCGCUGGGCGGUUUCCUGGCGCCUGGGGAGGCGCUCAGCAAGCGCAGUCGGUUCCACGAGGCCACCGCACUCAUCAUCACUCUACUCGUCAACAAUAAACACGACAAGGAACAGUUGAAACCGGCUUUGGAAUGGGAGAAAGAAUUCAUUGCGUUUAUGAAGAACUACACUGAGACAGAAAUGCCGCCGUAUAUGGACAUUGCGUACACUUCAGAACGUUCCAUUGAGGAUGAGUUGGAGAGAGAGUCACAAUCGGACGUGUCCACUAUUCUGGUUUCUUACUUCAUCAUGUUUGCCUACAUUGCCAUCUCGCUUGGACGGUUCACUGGUUUCUCAAGACUUCUUAUUGAUAGCAAAGUCACCUUGGGUCUUGGAGGUGUGACGAUCGUGCUAGCUUCAGUAGUAUGCUCAGUAGGUAUGUUUGGUUUUGCUGGAGUACCGGCGACGCUGAUCAUCAUUGAAGUUAUUCCUUUCCUCGUACUGGCUGUGGGAGUCGACAAUAUCUUCAUCUUGGUACAAACGAACCAGAGAGAGGGCAGGCGGCCUAACGAAACUGUUGCUGAACAUAUAGGAAGGACACUGGGUCAAGUAGGUCCAUCGAUGUUCCUGACAUCAAUGUCGGAGUCUGUAUGCUUCUUCUUGGGAGCUCUCUCCGACAUGCCGGCAGUGCGCGCCUUUGCCCUGUACGCCGGCGCAGCGCUACUCGUCGACUUCUUGCUACAAGUCACCUGUUUCGUAGCCCUACUGGCUAUUGAUACUCAUCGGCAGAAUGCUAACAGGUUCGACGUGCUAUGCUGCAUGCAGGGCACGAAGGCGGAGGGCGGCAGUGAGGGCGGGGAGGGCGCGCUGUACAACGUGUUCCGCCAGCUCUACGUGCCCUUCCUCAUGAAGAGGGAGGUGCGCGCCUCCGUCAUGAUACUCUUCUUCGCCUGGCUCUGCUCCUCCGUCGCUGUGGCACCUCACAUAGAAAUCGGCUUAGACCAAGAACUCUCGAUGCCUCAAGACAGCUUCCAGUUAAAAUACUUCCAAUACUUGAACCGCUACCUGAACAUUGGACCCCCAGUAUACUUCGUAAUCACUGAAGGCUUAGACUACUCGGAUUUGGAGACACAGAAUAUGGUGUGUGGAACCAGGUUCUGCAGGUCAGACAGUGUCUCUAUGCAGCUGUAUUCUGCGUACCGCACUCCAAAUGAAACAUACAUAGCACAGCCGCCCAACUCCUGGCUCGACGACUUCUUCGACUGGGCGUCAUUGAAGAGUUGCUGCAAAUACUUCCCUACAAACUCUAGCUUCUGUCCUAGUAGCCGUGGAGCGCCCUGCAAGGAAUGUCAAAUCGAACUUCAAGGCAAUGAACAACGUCCGAACGCGGCCGACUUCAACCAUUACGUGCCGUUCUUCUUGCAAGAUAUUCCGGACCCAGAUGGUUGCGUAAAGGGAGGUCAUGCAGCCUACGGUCAGGCAGUCAAUUACCACAUGUUUAACAAGACUCAGGCCAAAGUCGGCGCCACAUAUUACCAGGGCUACCACACAGUGCUUAAAACGAGCCACGAUUACUACUCUGCGCUUAAAGGUGCUAGAGGAGUCGCUGCCAACCUUAUAGAAACUCUGAACAAGAACUUGAAGGAACAAGGGAAGAAUACAACAGUGAAUGUGUUCCCAUACUCUGUGUUCUACGUAUUCUAUGAACAGUAUUUGACCAUGUGGCCUGAUACGCUGAAGUCUAUGGGCAUAUCUGUCCUAUCUAUCUUCAUUGUAACCUUCUUGUUGAUGGGCUUCGAUCUGUUCUCUGCAUUAGUGGUAGUUAUUACGAUCACAAUGAUCGUCGUGAAUCUCGGAGGAUUGAUGUACUGGUGGGGCAUCAGUUUGAAUGCAGUAUCACUUGUUAAUUUGGUGAUGGCGGUGGGUAUCGCGGUGGAGUUCUGUUCUCACGUGGUGCACGCGUUCAGCGUGGCGGGCGGCGCGGGGCGGCAGCAGCGCGCCGCCGCCGCGCUCACCCGCAUGGGCUCCUCCGUGCUCUCCGGCAUCACGCUCACCAAGUUCGGCGGCAUCAUCGUACUCGGCACUGCCAAGAGCCAGAUCUUCCAGGUGUUCUACUUCCGCAUGUACCUGGGCAUUGUGCUACUGGGCGCGGCGCACGGUCUCAUCUUCCUGCCCGUCAUGCUCAGCUAUAUUGGCAUAACCCGGCGUCGGGGACGUUGGCGAGUGCAGUCGCGGCGCAGUCACACCUACGGCAGUCUAGACGAGACGCCGAGUGAACCGCGCGCCUCAAGCAGUGGCACCGUCAACGGCCUCACCGACGAAAUGUGAGCACGCACUAAGAUUUACACAGUACGGUGAGUCGUGCACCACUUUGUUCCCAUACUGUACCUAGCUAGUAGGCGCCCUAUUGUGUACAUCUUAGCCCCAAACAGUGAAGGAAAUGGACUCGAAAAGUGAACUCUGUAGCGAAAUUGUAGUGUUAGUUAGGAAUGAAAUAUGACUGUUACGAAGGACGACGUGUAACAUCUCCAACCUUACGUUCUUAAACAUAAGGUUGUAAAUGUUAAAUGUUGAUAAAUCUUGCGGUUUGAAGGAUUAUGUACCCAGCAAGAUAGCUUCGCUUGUGAUAUGUACAUUAGGUAUAAGUAUAUAAUUAUGAUCUAAAUAUGUGGUUUAUAUAAAAUUAUAAGGGUAUCUAUGAAACAAUUCGGGAGCUUUGUAAUUUUUAUAAAUUAUAUUCUAAAUACACAUUAUAUCAAGAUAUAAAAUAGAGAUAAUACAAUUUAAAAUAUGAAAAUAUAUAUAAUCUUUAUAAAAUAUC